CACGCCUGGCCCCCGUGUGCGCCUGCGUCGGGGGAGGAGCUCUGAGACGCCGCGCGCGCUCUCGGUCCCACCCCGCCGCCUUUGCUUUUCCGGGCGGGGUCAGCGCAGGCGUCUCUCCUCAACGACCCAGGAUCUCUUGAAGAAGCUGGUCCCUUUUCGGUCCCUCCCGGUGAUGUGGGGGAGCUGUUAGCUUCGCCAGCAGCUGCAGAGCAGCGGGGGUGGCCCAUGGACCUGCCAGAGAGCCAGGCGGGUGGCCCUGCUGCCGAAGGAGCCAGGACCUGGGGUCACCCCUCUUUGCUCUUCAUCGUCCCCCCUCCUCAUAGGUGGGCUGGCACUCUUGUCUCCUCAGUGUACCUCUCGGACCAGCCAGAGGAGGGGAGCCUGGGGACACCGCUCAGCUUAGAGGAACAAAUACUCAACUCCACGUUUGAAGCUUGUGACCCCCAGAGGACAGGCACUGUGGCUGUGACCCAUGUACUAGCCUACCUGGAGGCUGUGACGGGACGGGGUCCCCAGGAUGCACGCCUCCAAACACUGGCCUGCAGCCUGGACCCCAAUGGCGAGGGCCCUCAGGCCACUGUGGACUUGGACACCUUCCUGGUCAUCAUGCGGGACUGGAUUGCUGCCUGUCAGCGGGAUGGGGGAUUAGAGCUGGAAGAGGAGACCGCCUUUGAGGGAACCCUGACCUCCCAGCAACUGCCAUCUGGAUGCUCAGAAGCUGAGGAUCCAGCCAACCUGGAGAGCUUCGGAGGCGAAGACCCCAGACCUGAGUUGCCCGCCACAGCUGACCUGCUGAGCAGCCUGGAGGACUUGGAGCUCAGCAACCGCCGGCUGGCUGGGGAGAACGCCAAACUGCAGCGCAGUGUGGAGACAGCCGAGGAGGGUUCCCUGCACCUUGGGGAGGAAAUUUUGGCUUUGCGCAAGCAGCUCCGCAGUACCCAACAGGCUCUGCAGUUUGCCAAGGCCUUGGAUGAGGAACUGGAGGACCUGAAGACUCUGGCCAAGAGCCUGGAGGAACAGAAUCGCGGCCUUCUGGCCCAAGCCCGGCAGACGGAAAAGGAGCAGCAGCAGCUGGUGGCUGAGAUAGAGAGUCUGCAGGAGGAGAACGAGAAGCUGCUGGCCGAGCAGGAUGGAGUGAAAAGGAGGAGUGAGGAGCUGGCCACGGAGAAAGAGGCUUUGAAGCGGCAGCUCUACGAGUGUGAACACCUCAUUUGCCAGCGAGACGCCAUCCUCUCCGAGCGCACUCGCCACGCGGAGAGUCUGGCCAAGACCUUGGAGGAGUACAGAACUACAAUCCAGGAACUGAAGCUGGAAAUUUCACACCUGGAGGAGCAGCUGAGUCAGAUCCAUGAGGGGCUGGAUGAGCUACCCGAAGGGGCUCAGGUGAGGAGAGUGGACUGGACCAAGCUGCCACGACCAUCGCUGGGUGUGGAGAUCCAGGCCAUUCGGCAGAAACAGGAAGUGGCAGCCGCCGAUCUCUCCAACCCUUUGUGUGGCGUGUGGCAGUGGGAGGAGGUCAUCAAUGAGACCAAUGAGGAAGCUGAGUUUCCACCUGAAGCCCCAACUGGGGGGCAGAGAAACUUCCAGGCAGAGCCUGCAUACCCUCAUGAAGGAAGGAAGGAGCGAUCAAUGUGGUUACCCAGGAGAGAGGAAGAAGAGGAAGCAGAGAUCCCGGUCGUGGUGGAUCUCCCCAUCCCUCUGGGAGACUCACACCCUGGAGACAUCCCAGGAAGCCCUCCUGAGAGCAGGCCCUCAGAGCCGGAGCUGCAGCAAGCCCUGGUGCCGGUGGUGAAGGAGCUGGUCCCAGUCAGGAGGCCAGUCUGGGGCCACCUCUGCCUGCGCCCCCUGCACCCCCAGCAGCUCAGGUGCACCCCAAGGCAUCUCCAGAAGGAGGGUGAUGGUCAGACAGGGCACUUCCGGGAUACCAUGGGCUCCCCUGGGCCCCCCAAGCACUGUGCUGCCUCCCCACAGAGUCACUCGGCACCCGCUGAUCCUGGCGCCAGUCCUGGGCCUGCUGCUGCUGCUGCUACUGCUACUGCUGCUGCUGCUCUUGGUCCGGCUGCUGGGCCAGUCCCCGACCCCCACCUGGCCCCACCUCCAGCUCUGCUACCUCCAGCCGCCUCCAGUGUGAGGCACGCAUCCUGCCGCCUCAGAGCGGCGUCUAGUUCAGUGAUUUAACAGGGGCUCUUUUUACUGUUAAUCCCGUGGGUGUGCCACUGUGAUUUGGGAUUAUCCCAUUGCCGGGACCCUAGAUACAGUGCUGCAGGGUCCACAGUCCUGUAUUGGGUUUUUAUGUGAAGUCUCUUGUUUUUUUAACGUUGACAACUACAUUUCUUAACAAUAGCAAAACACAACCAGUAAUGGAUUAAGCACUAGGGGUUAUAUUUCCCUCACAAAACAAGUCUGGAGGAGGGCAGUUGUGGACCCACAGCUCAGUCUGCAUAGCACCGGGACCAGCGUGCUGUGAUUCUCUGUGACUCUCUUGGCCCUUCCCCUGUGCUCAGGAGGUGGCAGGUGUUGUAGCUUCAUACGUCAUAUCUGCAGGGAGAAGGGGACACAUCUCUUCCUUUUUAUAAAGAAAAGCAAUAGCCUUCCCAGAGCCAGCAGCAGACUCUGUCUCAUCGGCCAGAACUGUUUGGCAUGACCACCCCUAGCUGCAAGGGCAACCCGGAGAGCAAGCAUCUCUCUUGGCAGAAAGAGGGAGAACAAGAUGUGGGCCAGGCACACACAUAGAUGUCACCAACGGCCAGCAGGAAACGGUGUGCCAUUUGUUCAUUCAGCAAACACUUAGUGAUCAUCUAUUUGCCAUGGCUAGACCUUAGAAGACAGAAAAAUAGACCCUCCAAUGCCAGGCUGAGGAGCACUGAUUUUUCUCCUGAGGAUGAUGGGAGUUUGGGGGACAUUUAAUUACUUGUUUUUGGUUAUUUACUUUGUAAUUGAGGUAUAACUUACAUACAAUGAUAAAUGGACAAAUCAAGUAUCAGCUGGAUAAAUUACUGCACAUGUAAACAUCCAUGAAACCAAAACCCGGGUCAAGAUAUAGAACAAUUUCAGCACUGUAGAGGCUUCCUUGGGAGAGCUUUGAGCCAGGCAGGACAGUGAUAGAGGUAGCUACAGGCUCUGUGAGAGCUCAGGAAAAGCACCUAACCCAGCCUGGGAGGUUAGAGAUUUCUUCCCAAAUAGGUGACAUCUGCAUUUAGUCUUGGAAGAUGGGUAAGGUUGGUUAUAGUAAACAGAGGCGGGGGAGGGUGUCCCAGGCAGAGGGAUAAAAGUGUGUGAAGACCAGGUGGUUGGAAAGCACCUCUGUGUGUAGAAAGCCAUAGGCAGCACCAUGUUGCUUGGAUUUAAAAAAAAAAAAAAAAAAGCCAGGGAAGGAUGAGGCUUUAGAGUUGUGAGAAAAAAGAUAGGCAGACAAGAGCCCAUUAAGGGUUUUGAACACCAGCUUGAACUCUACUGCCAAGUGCCCAAGAAAGUGCUGUGAUCAGGGAAGGGGCAGAAUCAACUCUGGGUGGGAAAGAGACCUUCCGAGCCUGUACAGAGGAUGAAUAAUAAUGGAGUGAGGCUGGAGGCAGGAGGUGGGGAGAAGGCUGGGGCCAUGGUCCAGGUGAGAGAGCAUGAGGUCUGAGCUGGGCUGGGUGCAUGGAUGGAAAAAAGGGCAGGGCAGAAAGAGGCAGAGCAGGAAGGACAAAGCCAGGACUGACAGGCUAUGAAGGAGGAUGAAGAGGGAAGGGGCAAGGACUGCACCUGCAUCUGACCUACUGACUCGUAGACAGUGGAGCCAUUCCCAACAUAGGGAACCCAUGAGAAGGUGUGGGCUUGUGGGGGACACUCGGAGCUCAUGUGGGGAGGAGUGAGUGUCUGGGUUCCAAGAAGUGGCUGGAGCCCUGAGCACUGAGCUUUCAGUCUAGAAAUGGGGGUCUGGAUGUUAUUAGCUGUGAUGGUGAUUGAAAUGUGGGGAUUGCUGAAAUUUCCUGAGGAGAAGGGAGUAGAGUGGGAAGGGGUUUGGGGCACCAUUUUGUGAAAAGCCUCAAAUGCUAGACAAGCGAUCUGGGAGGAUGGACUUCCCUGGUGGUCCCGUGGUUAAGACUCCCCGCUCCCAACGCAGGGGAACCAGUUUCGAUCCCUGGUCAGGAAACUAGAUCCCGCAUGCUGCAACGAAGAUUCUCGCAAAUAAGACCCUGCGCAGCCUAAUUAAUAAAAAAAAAAAAAAGACGUGGGGAGGAAGUACAGGAAGAGCACAGGCCAAGACGGAGUUACCAGGCCCUUCAGCAAACAGAGGAUGAGGCUUCUCACAGGGUUGUGAGGCUGAAAGAGCCAAUACAAUGGUAUGUGGAAGAGUGCCCAGCAUAUAGUAAAUGCUCAUAACAUUUUAAUUCUAUUUCUCCAUGAGAGUAGUGGAAUGGUCUAGACUUCUGAAGUUGCACAGAUUUGGGUUCCAAUUAUCCUUCACUAGCGCUGACAACUUUCAGAGCCAUGUUUCUUUGUAAAAUUUGGCCAACUCCAGAUAGUUGUAAGGAUUAAACACAGUUAUUCAUUGUUCAGUAUUUCUGAAUAACAGGGAAACAGGCCACACCCCACAGCCUAACGGCCAAUUAGGGCGCGGUCCGCCUCUCGGAAAUGCAAAUUACGGGAGAGCUUGCCAAUCACCAAGCGCCAGCCCCGCCCCCUUUCCCCACGUCGACUCGCCCAGCUCCACUCUCUUCUCUAGGCCAAUCAGAGCGCAGUCCGUGCGAGCUGCGCCACGGGAGCUAGGUUCAGAAACCUCGCAGUCCAGUUAAGGGAGUGAGUUGCCAUGGUCACCACUGAGGGGCGGGGCGGAAGGGCUGGCCGAGCAGAGAGAGAGAGAGAGAGAGAGAGAGAGAGAGAUUCUGAUUGGCUGCUUCCUUACUUCCUUCACCGGUGGGCCAGGUGUUUCCCCGCCUCCGUCCCGUGCCCCCAGGAGCCUAAUGCCUUUCUCCUUUCUCCUCUCCUCCCGCCCCGACCAGGCGCCCCAAUGGUCUCCCGGGAGGCGCGCAGUUAGAAAACCCUGAAGAAACUGCUGCAGGCUGCUGCAAGAGAGGCAGAAACCCUUCUCUAUUUUUUAUUUUAUUUUGGGGGUCUGCGGCCCCGUGGCUUUCGGGAUCUUAGUUCCCUGACCAGGGAUUGAACUCGCCCCAGCAGUGAAAGCGCUGAGUCCUAACCACUGCAUCACCAGGGAAUUCCUGGAAACCCUUUUCUAAUAAUGUGUUUUGCUUCCAGAAGGGCGUACUUAAGUCUUCUAAUGGUGUAUCUGGUUUAAUCCUCAAAAUAAUGAGGGAAAGGAGGCUGGAAGGUUAGAAGCCGUUCCCAAUACCACACAAGUAGGUUUAGGGGA